GCACACCCCUCCCUGGGCUCUGUCGGUGACCCUUCGGCCCCCUGUGUCCCGCGAACAUGCUGGUGCUCCUGGUCUUCAUCAUCUUCUUCCACAUCGUCUCUGCAGCCUUGCUCUUCAUCUCCACCAUCGACAAUGCGUGGUGGGUAGGAGAGGAGUUUUUUGCAGACGUCUGGAGAAUUUGCAUCAACAACACAAACUGUACGGAAAUCGGGGACUCCUUUGAAGAGUUCUCCACGCUGCGGGCAGUGCAGGCCACCAUGAUCCUGUCCACCAUCCUCUGCUGCAUCUCCUUCCUCGUCUUCCUGCUGCAGCUCUUCCGCCUCAAGCAGGGCGAGAGAUUCGUCUUGACCUCCAUCAUCCAGCUCAUGUCAUGUCUGUGCGUCAUGAUCGCGGCGUCCAUCUACACAGACCGGCGCCAGGACGUGCACAACAGCAACCUGAACUACUACAGCCCGACCCUGGACGGCAGAUACGGCUACGCCUACAUCCUGGCCUGGGUGGCCUUCGCCUUCACCUUCCUCAGUGGCCUCAUGUACCUGAUCCUGAGGAAGCGCAAGUGAGAGGGGCUGCCCCGCGUGGCCGCCCGUCCGCACGCGGGUCACCGCUGUGUAUAUAAUCAUUUUAUUUUUUUGUUGUUGUUUUGUGGUUUUUCUAGCAAACAUAUUGUCUCCUUUAAAAGCCAAAACCAAACCAAAAAAAAAAAGAAUUUUUGCAUUCUUGAGGAUCAAAAAUUACAGACUGAAAGUUGACC